UCCAUGACUGUGUCAAGGUGGUGGUCUGUAAUGCACCACAUUUUAAUUACCACACCACCACCGAUUCUCGUUACCAUAAAUAACAUUCAUUCCGCAACCAAAUCAUCCAAAUUAAUUACCUCCCUUAUAUCUGACUACAACUACAGAGCGUAUGCCUUCCUCUGUCUUCCAAUGGCUGAGCCUCCUCGGAAUCAUAUGGCUUCAGUCCAUCAACGGCACCAAUUUCAACUUCCCCUCUUACUCUUCCCAACUCAAGCACCACCUUUCCAUCUCCCAAUUCCAACUCAACAACCUCGCAUUCGCCUCCGACGCCGGCAAGCUCUUCGCCUGCGUCUCUGGCCUCGCUGCUAACUAUUUACCCCUCUGGUCCGUUCUCAUCAUCGGCUCUUCUCUCGGCCUUGUCGGCUAUGGCGUCCAGUACCUCUUCAUCACCAACCAAUUCCACUCCCCCUCUUAUUGCCUCAUCUUCUUCCUCACUGUCCUCGCCGGAAACAGCAUAUGCUGGAUCAACACCGUCUGUUACAUCGUCGCCAUUAGAAAUUUUCCCUCAAAUCGCCAAGUGGCGGUGGGGAUAUCAACCAGUUACCAAGGAUUAAGCGCCAAGAUCUAUACGGAUAUUGUCGGGUUAAUAUUCUCGAAACGCUCUGACAAAACAGCCGAGACAUUCCUUCUGUCCAACUCUGUUUUUCCUUUGGGUGUUUGUGUUUUGGUGUCUCCAAUGGCUAGAAUUGUCGAAUUGGUGGAAGAGCAAGGAAAUUUGGAAGUUGGGUUUUUUGUAAUUUUUGUGAUAACCAUAGCCACCGGCGUUUUUGCGGUGGUUACAAGCGUUGGGUCGAUUUCCAGAAUGUUGUCGCCAUUGAGUGGGCUGGUCGGGAUUUUGGUGUUCCUGCUCCUUCCGGUGGUGGUUCCGGUGGUAGAGAGUGUGAAGAAGUCAGUAAGAGAAGGAAAAGAGAGAAGGGUUUAUCACUCUACAAUGGAAGAGGAUACGAGAAUCCGACCGGAAAAUGAGGCGAAAUUGAACAGAGACGGCGGCGAUGAGGCAAUGGAGGAGAUCGGAGCGAUGGAAAUGCUGAAAAGAGUGAACUUUUGGUUGUAUGUUGGUGUUUACUUUUUUGGUGCAACCUUGGGAUUGGCGUUUUUAAACAAUUUGGGGCAAAUAGCGGAGUCGCGGGGAAGCGAGAGUGUGUCGUCGUUGGUGUCGCUGUCGUCUUCGUUCGGCUUCUUUGGGCGCCUAAUGCCGUCGCUUCUGGACCAUUUUUUGUCGAGGAGGAAGAUGAUGAAAUCGAAGCCGGGUUGGCUGGUGGCAUUGAUGGGGGCAAUGUGCGGGGGGUUCUUCCUUCUUUCAGGGCCGACGGAUCUGAUUCUGUGCGUGAGCACCGCCGUAAUUGCAGUGUGUACGGGCGCAAUUACUUCGAUUUCCGUGUCCACAACCAGCGAGCUAUUUGGGGCCAAUAAUUUUUCAAUAAACCACAACGUGGUGGUUGCGAAUAUACCUGUGGGGUCGUUUCUUUUUGGGUACAUGGCGGCUUAUCUUUACCGGAAGCAAGCGACGGGUGGCGCCGGGAAAUGCAUCGGAGUUGAGUGCUACAGAACCACUUUUAUGAUAUGGGGUUGCUUGUGUUCAUUCGGGACUCUGCUGGCUCUGCUUUUGUUCGCUCGUACCAGAAGCUUCUACUCUACAACGAAGUCGCCGAGGGCGCAGGGCUCUACGUAGAACAAGGCUAUACUCUUUUACGUAUUCCUAGUUUGACACGCUAAUAUAUUUGGACGUUAUACUUUGUAG